CUUUCUGCCUGUGGGGCAGCCUCUUCUUGCUGAAAAAUCACAUCCUAAAAAAGCCCAACUGCCAACUUUCAACUUCUCACGCGGGGCAUCUCUGACCACCGGAGCAUGACGCCAGGCCCGACCUGAAUUUUCGACGAGUCCAGCGCCAAAUCCCAAGCCGUCAACCCACCGCCGCCGCCAUGUCUCCCUCAACCAUCACCCUCGAUCUGACCCCCGACUUCGACCCCGCCACCCGCCCAUCCAAGCAAUCCCACUUCCAAUCCCAUCCCCGCCAGAAUGGCAGCACCACAGCACCACCCGGCGGGCGCACCCUCCUUCUCGCACCUCCCUCCGUCGCCGCCCACGAGGAGCGCCUCCGGUCCGUCUUCGCCACCUUCGACCGCUCCACCACCGACCUCCAGAUGCUGGACCGCCUCUCCGCCGGCCUCGUGACCCUCCCCCCCGCGACCUACGACCUAGUCCUCAUCCUCACCGGCGUCGACGGCGGCCGCCACGCCGAGGCGUCCCGCCUCCUCGCCACCCGCGACGUCUUCUCCCGCCUCGUCCCCUCCAUCCGGCCCGGCGGCAGGCUGCGCAGCGAGGACGGCAGUCUGGGCGGCGGCGGAGCCGAAACCAGGGAGGCCGUGCUGGCGGGCCUGGUGGCCGCGGCGGACGGCGGCUUCACCAAGCCCGAGUACGCCGAGGAGGUCGUGCCGCUGCGGUUCGGCGCGAAGAAGAAGAACGGCACGGCGACUCCGGCUGCGGCUGCGGCGCCCCAAAGAAGCUCCGCCGGCCCUCCCGUCGGGAGCGUCACGGUAGAUGUUGGUGGGAAGUCACACACGCUGGACAUGGUGCCUCCCGCGGCGAAGCCUGCUGGUGUUGGUUUUGUGGACUUUAGCGAUGACUUCGACAUGGAUGAUUACGACGAGGAUGACGAUGACGACGAUGACUUGAUCGACGAGGAUACCCUUCUUGGAUUGGAUGACCUGAAGAGGCCGAUCCAGCAACCACCCGAAUGCCAGCCGAAGCCCGGACAGAAGCGGAGAUCCUGUAAGAACUGCACGUGCGGCCUAUCAGAGAGACUCGAGGCAAAGGACAAGGCCCGGCGUGAGAAGGCAGACAAGGACUUGAAGACACUGAAGCUGGCGUCGGACGAUCUGAACGAGAUGGACUUUACGGUAAAGGGUACUACAGGAUCGUGCGGGUCAUGCUCGUUGGGAGACGCUUUCCGCUGUGCCGACUGCCCCUACAUCGGGCUGCCGCCUUUUAACCCGGGCGACAAGGUUGAGAUUCUGAACAACAUUGCGCAGUUGUAGAAGGGGGCGGGACACGAUAGAUUUUUGCUUGGCGACUCUGGUUGAAUUUCAUGGAUGGGUUAAAAGACACGGAUUCCUCGGGGGCAUAUCUCGGGGUUAUGAGGGAGGCAUCACGUUUUACAAGCAAAAGAACCAUUAGGGGCCAGGAGG